AUGUCAAAGAGCUGGAUCCGCCAUGGCUACAACAAAGUAGCUCGAGCUGUAGGCAAAGCGGACCCAAAGAAGCAGCAAGACAUUCCAAUAUUGAAAGGACACCCUGCUGCACAAGUACAUGCAGAAGAGGCUCUUGAGACCCAUGAAACUGUCAGAAGCAGAAACAAAGUUCUAAAGGAGUUCAAGAUUUACAGAUGGAGCCCCGACCAUCCCGACAACAAGCCUUACCUCAAGUCUUACUUUGUGAACCUCAACAACUGUGGUCCAAUGGUUUUGGAUGCAUUACAGAGGAUAAAAGCAGAGGAUGAUUCAACCCUGAGCUAUAGGAGGUCAUGCAGAGAAGGAAUAUGUGGGUCAUGUGCCAUGAAUAUUGAUGGAACCAACACCGUGGCCUGUCUCAGACCCAUUGAUGCAGACACUUCAACAGCCACAACUAUAACUCCGCUGCCUCAUAUGUUUGUGAUCAAAGAUCUAGUUGUUGAUCUCACUAAUUUCUACCUGCAGUACAAGUUGAUUGAACCAUGGCUGAAGACUAAAAAGCCCCCAAAGGAUGGUCGGGAGUACAAGCAAUCGCCUGCAGACCGGAAGAAGCUUGACGGGCUUUAUGAAUGUAUACUUUGUGCUUGUUGUUCUACCUCAUGCCCUUCCUACUGGUGGAAUCCGGAGGAGUUCCUUGGACCAGCGGCUUUGCUCCAUGCUUAUCGAUGGAUAUCUGACAGUCGGGAUCAGUCCACAGAGGAGCGAUUGCAGUCAUUAACAGAGGACCAGAGGCUAUAUAGAUGCAACAUUAUAAAGAAUUGCACUGCCACGUGCCCCAAAAGCCUCAAUCCUGCCGAUGCCAUACAGAAAAUGAAAACCAAGCAUUUGUUCUCUCAGCCUGUUGAAGUGGUCGGGAGCAUGUAA